CACCAUCAUCUUUCCACUCUACCCACAACCUUCCAAAAGCAACAUCUCCACUCCAGUACCAUAUUCUAGAGAGAGAAACAGAAACCAUGUCCAAAGAAGCAAGUGAGAUCGGAGAAACCCCAAGAAAAGACUAUGUCGACCCACCACCGGCACCCAUCUUCGACACAGCGGAGCUCAAACUGUGGUCAUUUUACCGAGCUCUCAUCGCUGAGUUCGUCGCCACCCUCCUCUUCCUCUACAUCACCGUCGCCACCGUCAUUGGUUAUAAAAACCAGACUGACCCAUGCGGUGGCGUUGGUGUUCUUGGUAUCGCCUGGGCCUUCGGUGGCAUGAUCUUUAUCCUUGUUUACUGCACCGCCGGUAUUUCCGGUGGUCACAUAAACCCCGCGGUGACAUUUGGGUUAUUUCUGGCGCGAAAGGUGUCAUUACUAAGGGCAGUGGGAUACAUGGUGGCUCAGUGUCUGGGUGCGAUCUGUGGUGUGGGUCUGGUCAAAGGGUUCAUGAGAAACCCGUACAACUCACUGGGUGGUGGAGCCAACUCGGUUGCACCAGGCUACAACAAGGGUACGGCACUGGGUGCUGAGAUCAUCGGCACCUUCGUACUUGUCUACACUGUUUUCUCUGCUACCGACCCUAAGAGGAGUGCACGUGACUCUCACGUUCCAGUUUUGGCUCCAUUGCCUAUUGGGUUUGCUGUGUUCAUGGUUCACUUAGCCACUAUACCCAUUACUGGAACCGGGAUCAACCCGGCUAGGAGCUUUGGUGCUGCGGUUAUCUACAACAAUGGAAAAGUUUGGGAUGAUCAUUGGAUCUUCUGGGUGGGACCAUUUGUUGGAGCAAUGGCUGCAGCAGCAUAUCACCAGUAUAUCUUGAGGGCUGCAGCCAUCAAGGCUUUGGGUUCAUUCAGGAGCAACCCUAGCAACUAAAUCAGAUCAAGAUCAGAUUAGAUGUGUGUGUGUUCCAUUUAUUUAUUUUGUUUGUUUUAGAUUUUGUGUUGCUUGGCUGAGUGACAUCAUUGAUGUUUUUACUGUUCAACAGUUUUUUUUAGAUUAUUUGAGUUGUAUUUGGAUUUGGUUGUGAUUUGUUUGGUUUGAUGGUAGUUAAUGGAUGAGGAUAAUCUAGUCACUUGACAUGAUCAUUUAAACUAA